ACUUUCAGUCAUUCGACAUGGCCCGUACCAAGCAGACCGCUCGUAAGUCCACCGGUGGCAAGGCGCCCCGCAAACAGUUGGCCACCAAAGCCGCUCGCAAAAGUGCCCCGGCCACUGGAGGAGUCAAGAAACCCCAUCGUUACCGUCCCGGCACCGUCGCCCUUCGUGAGAUCCGUCGCUACCAAAAGUCGACCGAGCUUUUGAUCCGCAAGUUGCCAUUCCAGCGCUUGGUCAGAGAAAUCGCCCAGGAUUUCAAGACCGACUUGCGUUUCCAGAGCUCGGCCGUCAUGGCUCUGCAGGAGGCCAGCGAGGCUUACUUGGUGGGUCUUUUCGAAGACACCAACUUGUGCGCCAUCCACGCCAAGCGAGUCACCAUCAUGCCAAAAGACAUCCAGCUCGCUCGCCGUAUUCGUGGUGAACGUGCCUAAGCGACUUUUAAAAUCCCUUUUGACUUACCAAUCGGCCCUUUUCAGGGCCACCAUUUACUAAAGAA